UUCGGAGUGCUGCAAGUGCAAAGUAGCGGUGCGGCGGUGGUAGCUAGGCUGACAACCUUUGAAGUCUCCCCAUUCUAUUCAAUGCACCCGUCGCAACUUUAAUUCGAUCCUACUUUAUAUUCGACUGUCGUUUUAGUGCUACAUUUCUUCCCAACUGACGGCUUUUUUCGUCAUUCGAGAAUUGCACUAGACGUCCAUACCAUACAUUUCAGGUAGCAGUUUUCUACAUCCCCGUGAUUGAGUCAAAAAUCGCGAAUCGCCGUUGGGGGAACUGCUUGCAGGCUUCUGGUAACCGUCUGAAGAGCCGGGGAUGCUGAAAGUCACCAUGCCCUCACCCCGACCAGGGGCUGCCUCGGAAUACUGGAUAGAUGGCUCCAAAAAGGAGACAUUGGCAGACUACUACGAGCUGGAGUCUGAGCUGGGACGGGGGGCCACGUCCGUCGUUUUCCGAUGUCGGCAGAAAGGAACCCAGAAACCCUACGCUGUGAAAAUGCUGAAGAAAACGGUGGACAAGAAGAUUGUGCGAACAGAGAUAGGAGUCUUACUUCGGCUCUCUCAUCCAAACAUUAUUAAAUUGAAAGAGAUCUUUGAGACGCCAGCUGAAAUAAGCCUGGUUCUGGAGCUGGUCACUGGGGGAGAGCUGUUUGACAGAAUUGUUGAGAAGGGCUACUACAGCGAACGUGAUGCUGCAGAUGCUGUCAAACAGAUACUGGAAGCAGUGGCGUACCUUCAUGAGAAUGGAGUUGUGCACCGUGACCUGAAGCCUGAGAAUCUUCUAUAUGCCACCUCCGCCCCUGAUGCUCCUCUCAAAAUCGCUGAUUUCGGCCUGUCAAAAAUCGUAGAUGACCAGGUCACAAUGAAGACAGUGUGUGGGACCCCAGGAUAUUGUGCUCCCGAGAUCUUGCGAGGAUGCGCUUACGGGCCGGAAGUGGACAUGUGGUCUGUGGGAGUCAUUACGUACAUCUUAUUGUGUGGCUUCGAGCCCUUCUUUGACGACAGAGGAGACCAGUACAUGUUCAAGAGGAUUUUGAAUUGUGACUAUGAGUUUGUCUCCCCCUGGUGGGACGAUGUGUCUCUUAAUGCAAAGGACCUGGUGAAGAAGCUGAUUGUUCAGGAUCCAAAGAAGCGUCUGACAACCCUGCAGGCACUGGAGCAUCCCUGGGUGACUGGGAAGGCUGUUAACUUUGCCCAUAUGGACAACGCUCAGAAGAAGCUCCAGGAGUUCAAUGCCCGCCGCAAGCUCAAAGCGGCAGUAAAGGCCGUGGUGGCCUCAACUCGACUGGGCAGCGCUGGCAAUCAUGGCAGCACCGACAGCAACAAGAACAGCUGCAACCACUCUCCCGUACAGGAGGGGGCGCCAGAGAGCCAGCCACAGGACAACCAGCCGCAGAUACAGAAGGAGGACUCCUAGACCUGCUGUUUGUCCUCCUCCACGUCAAGGCCGCUCUCCUUGCUAUGGAGGCACCCUCGCCCCCAGAGGGAUUGUGGGAAACGGUGGAGCCCACCGGCGCAAAAAGAAUUACUUGUCACAUCUCACAGGACUGGGAGCAGUGAUGACUUCGCUCAGAUUUUAAAUGCAUGUGACUGUUUAUCAAUUAUAAAAUGCUACCCGCACGAGGCAGUCUGCGUGACGUGACUUGGCACAGUGUCAUUACAUGCCAACCAGUGUUUGAAACACACGUGAAGCUGACAAUUUUCCCCCUGAGAAAGCCCAAUCGCUAGGCUGUGGCGAGGGGCUUCACUAGGUAAUAGGUAUCUCUUCUUUUGGCUUUUUCGUGAUGAACACAUUUUAGUAGAGUUUACAGUUUGUUUCUCUUCUUAUUUUGCUAAUUAGACACCAUGAUAUCUUCUUAUCUACGCCAAAGCAUUCUAGGACAGGAGCCGAUUGUUUAUAACAAAUAACUUCACCUUUUGCUUUGGUAGAAAAAAAGGAUAUUUUUAAAUGUUUACAGAACUUCUUUAGAUUUAUAUGCAAAAUACAUUCCGUUUAAAUUACAGAAGGAAAACAAUUUCCAAAAUGGCCAUAAAAUUGUAACUUUACUAGAUCUUGUAAAGAGAAUGCCUUAUUGUAUCUUACUCACUGGUUUAUACACUUUAUUAGAGACAGGCCUUUCAUAUCUUGUUAAUUAUUAGACUACAAUGGUAUGUGAAAUACACAUGCUUUGCACAAAUAUAAGGAGACUGCACAUCAUCCAAUGUAUUCAAUUAAAAUAUCUGCAAGGUUUGCUUUGGCAUAAAGGACAGUUUACUUUUGUAUACCAAAAUACCCAGUUUACAAUUUAAGUGGUCCCCUGGUGUCUACUGCAAAGUGAAAACUUACAGUAGCAAGGGAAUCGAUAUGUAUAAUGUCAACGGAAUAAUCAGCAUUAGUGCCAAAUACACUUGCUCUUAAGGACUGUACUGCUUUUUUAAAAAGUUGGUUAGAUGGAAAUGUACCUUCCCUCCCACUUCUGAACAUAGAUAAACAUAGAUUUUGUUUAGGUGUGCAAAUAUUAUGUUUGUUAAUAUUUAUUAUUGGCUAAUGGGCUGAAUCUAUCAUAACAGGCAGCUUUUCGAAAAGAAAUGUAUGUUUAUAGCGUAUUUGUAAAAGAAAAAAAUUGCUGUUUUUUGACCCGAGCAAUGUACUCGUCAGCAUGUUUGUUUGUUAUUAAUUCCAGCAUCAGGGAACGUAGUGGGCAAGAUAUCUUUGAUUUUUUGCCUCUCUCUGGCAACAGUGGUUAGUUAAAGCCAGGAGGUCAAGCGGGAAAUGCAAGAUGGCUGUUUAAAUGAGGACAUUGUUUUGCAUGUGGGAAUGUUCAACUGCUGCAAUAGUCUUUCAAUAAUGCACUGUAUUUUACGGAUGUACAUGUAUAAGAAAUUUAUUCUUUGUUUAACACUCUAUGGCAUUGACGGCCAUCUGUAGGCCAUGUAAUACAAAA